AUGCCGAAAGUUUUAAUUCUUUUUAAAUAUUUAUUAUUCAUAUAUUUUUUUAAUUUGUCAUUAUCCAUUAAUAAUAAGAAUUUUCUAAAUAUUAUAAAUUACAAAAUAUAUAAUUUUAAUAUGGUUCCAGGUUUAAUUAUAAAACGAACAUUAACUGAAAUGUUAAUGCAUAAUAAUAAAUCACAAAUAAAGGUAUCACAAAUAAAUAAUAAUAUUGAUGAUUAUGAAGAAAAUAAAAUUAGUUCAUCUCAAACAGGAUUGAUUAAGACCUCGAAAAAAAAAUCAAAAAAAAAUAAAUCAAAAAAUACUAAAAAUUAUAAUAUUACUAAAAAAGAGGAAACAUUAGAAGAUUUGCUAAGCGAGUAUGAUGAAGACAUGAGGGAAAUAAAUAAUAAUAAAAAAAAAACUUUUUUUAAAAGAGCAAAACUUGUACUGGAAGCCUUUGAUAAUAUUUUUAUAGACAAGGUAAUAGAUACAAAUAUACAGAAUAAACACUCAGAUUUAGAAGACGAUGUAAUAGAUAACGCUAUAAUACUUUCUGGUUCUCCAAUUUUAGCUAUACCAAUAUAUUCAUAUUUUUGUAAGCGCAUGAAUUUUUUUCAUUCACCCCAAUAA